AUGGGAAAAUGUUUUCGAAAAAAGAAACCUAAAGAAAGAUGGCUAUUGACGAGGAAAACCUGGAGAUAUAUGGCAGAUGCUGGAAAAAAAAUAAUUCCAGAAGGUGCUCAGAAUAGACCUGAAGAUAUACCAAAAAUUGAAGUAUAUUUUCAGGAAGUUUGUAAAAAGGAACCAACUUUUCUACUAUGGAGAAAAAACUCUUACCCUGGUGCAUUAGGUUUAAAAAAAAAGUGGCAAAAUACAAAUAGGGGCAGUCAUCUGAAAGCUACUAGUACGGAUGAAUUUGAUAAAUUUGAGCAGUCGAAUUCAUUAUUACUAGAAUCUGAAAAACCAGAAAAUCUAAAACUAAAUAAAAUGAGCGAUAAUUUUGUUACCAUUCCAAAUAGGCGAAGGAACUUGGAACAUAAAAAUAUAGAUUUGGAUAAUAUAAAUGAUUUAUCCAAUAUCGAAGACGAUCAGGAACUUGUUUAUAUGCUUGAUACUUAUUUAACAAUUUCUAACGAAGAUGAAGCCAAUAUAAACACAAUAAAUAAAAAAUUUAAUUACCAACAGUUACUGCAAAAUUUAGAAAAACAUUUGAAUGGGUCAUCAUUUUAUAAUACAGGACAAAUUAAUUUUACCGGCGAUUCUGUCGAAAACUCCCUUUCUGAGACAUUAAACAGAUAUUAUUUUAUAAGCCCAAAUAGACAUAAAAUAUUAUCUGAUUUAUUGACAAAUAGAAAAGCCUUAGAAAAACUGUAUUUUGAUCUUAAAAAAGUUAAAGGUUUUAGAGGCACGAGGGGAGGCACUGGAUAUACUUCAAGGUAUGGAUGCAAACCAUCUGGAAUAAAAAAACUUGAAAGAAAUUACGAUACUAAAAAUGAAAACCGAUAUGUUUCAAAUAAUCCACCUCCCGUAAUAAAUAUAAGAAAUGAACCAGUUGAAACUUUCUUUCAAAGUUUUGGAACUCAAACAAUGCCAAUUUUGCAUAAUGUUCUUCGAUUGUGUGAAGAGGAAUUUAAAAAAAUAUUAGCUGAAAAAGAUGAGGAUUUUAUUUUAAAUAAGAAAAGUAGUCGCCGUAGAAGUAGUGUUGAUAAUGAUGAUGUUUCCCAAUCGGUUAGUGAUACGAUUAAAAGAUAUUUGCGUAUGGCUCGCAAAAAAAGUGUAGAUUCAGACAAAGCUGAUAGGUUUAAAAGAGUAAAUUAUGAUAGAAACCUACGAAACAUUAAAGCGAAAGGAGAAAUAACAAAACCGGGCGAUGAUGAUGGUUUAAACAAAGGAUGCCAGACUAACCAGGAAUGGAUUUUAACUUACCGUGAUUUAAAGUUUAAUGAAAUAUUUGAAAUUUCGGAUGUGGAUAGUCAUAUUUCUAGUACUCGAAGUAGUAUAGAUUUAGAUGUUAAUGAAUACAUAAAAUCAAAUCCAAAUUCUCCUCCCCCACAAAAAAGUACGAAUAAUUCCUUUUUAAGUAAUUUAUUACAUGGAACAAAUGAAAAACUGUCUUCUUCUAUUUAUACAGCUAGAGCAAUGCAAAAAAGCAAAUCUUCAUCGAGUGUUAUGCCAGGAGGAAAAUUAACCAAAAAACUUUUUCGGUCAACGCCUAAAAGUCAAACUAGGAAUUUUAAAGCAGAAUGCACUUGGACACCCCAGGUGAGUUUUUUGUUUUAUAAUUUUAAUAUAAUAUAA